GGGGCGGGGGGUGGGGGCCAUGUAACCGUUCUAACAGCUGGAAAGGGAUUAGCUGCAGGCCGUUGUCAGAUUCCAUUUCCAGUGGCAGUUCCUUGCUCUUACUAAGGUUCUCUGAGUGAGCCCUCUACUGGCAAUUGGAAUGGAACCUCACCAGCACAUCAGUUUCCCUUCCCUUCCACUGCUUCCUGUACCGCUUGGGCCAGGUGAGAUCCAGCAGCCAGGAGCCUGGAACUGGCAAUCAGAGCCUGAUCAGUGGGCGAGGUCAGUCCGACAGCAGUUGAAUGCCCAGCUCCUUUUGGUCUCAGAGCAGAAGGCAGGUCCGUCUCCUGAAGACUCAUCAUCUGAGGACCUUGAAUCUCAGCACUCCAUCUGUGUUCCAGAGGCAGAAGAGCAGCCCCGGGACCAUCACAGGAAACAGAGGCAGUUCCUGAAGGCAGUGACCCAGUCGCAGCACCCCCCAGCGCUGGAGCUCUUGGUGGCAGAGCUCCAAGCUCUGUUCUCGGCUGUGCUGCAGGAUGGCAGCCCUGCAGCUUGGCGCUACCUGCAUGCUGUGCUGCGUCUGCUCCCCCCAUAUCGUGCACUAUUUGUUGGUCGCCUUGAUUUACUGCCCUUCCUCGAGCAGCUGUCCAACUGGGCCCCCUGGGUCCAAUCCCAGUUCCAGCUGGACCUGCUAGAUGCCAUAGAGCAGGCCUUUCCCCCAGAUACCUCUUUGUUAGAGGGUACCUCCCAUGUCAAGUGCUGUCCCCAGAAGCAGAAGUUCCACCAUGGGCCGCCACGCCCAGCCUGCCCUUUCGUGCAGGCCUGGUGGGGUGGGCAGCAGGUAGGGGAGGAGUUGGCUACAUGGCUGCGACCACUGACACUUCCUGAGCUGCAGCACAGCCUGGGCAUUGUUGGUGCUCAGGUGGCCCUGAAAGAGGCCUGGUGGCUAGAUGGCCUUAGCCUCCUGCCCUUGGCACUGGCUACAGACAUCCCCAUACAAUAUGAGAGCAGGGGCACUGACGACGCAGCGGAGGAACCUGUUGGAAGAAAAGAGACUAAGCCUCAGCUUGGUGCAGAAGUUCCUGGUAAGAAGACUAGAUUCUCACCUCAGACUUCCCUCCUGGGUAGCCAGGUGAUGAACAUUCUGAAGACAGAGAGAUACCUGAAGAAGAUCCACUUCCUCUACCUAAAUGUAGCUCCCAGCCGGUACUUCAGGCCCUAUGACCUGGUGGUGGUGCCACCAAAGAAGGUGAACCCUGAGCACUACAUCUUCUCUCCCUUUGGUGUCCUGCACAUACAUCCAGUGGAGGGCAGUGAGACAAUGACACUGGGGACCUGGCACCGCCACUCUGUCCUCUGGCAGCAGCUCCAGUUCAUUCCAUUCUUCAAAUAUUGCCUCUUAUAUAAGGCCUUGGCCCGUUGGAAGAGGAGUAUGACAUUACAGCGGCUGCACCGGUGCCGUACUUUCCUCGGGAAGCAUCUACUCUUGGCUGUGCCCCACUUUGGAGCUGGGCUUCUGCAUAUUAGCAGGCUUCUGCAGGAGCUUCGCUCUGUACCCUGGCUCCCCCAAGACCAAGAUCGAUGCUACGAGCUGCUGGACCUGCAACAGGCUCUAGCCAAGGAGAAUCACAAGGCUCUGCGGCUGCUUUGUCGCUGCCUGCACCUGUGCACAUCCAUCCUGCAACUGGUUCACGAGGAUACGUAUCACAUGCAACAAGGCCUGCAGGAGCGAGUGAAAAAUUGCAAGAGGAUCAGGACGGACCAACGCUCCGUCUACCUUCAGAGGGUACAGUGCCAACAGCUGGAGCAGAAGCUGAAGCAGGCAGAGGCCUGGUUGCUGCGGCUGGGACAGUUGGCGCGCCUCAUACACUACAUGAUUUGCCAGAGCCUUGUGUCUAUCGUAGAGGAGGAGAUAACCUCCUUUGUGGCCAACAUCCUACAACCCCCAAGGAAAAAACCCUUUCUCUCAGCCCAGCUAGUCUUUGACAGUUGUGGCCAGCUAUCUCCUGAGCCGUGUAUUGAAACUAUGAUCCAGAUUCUAAAUGUGGGCUUGGAGUCUGUCAAGACCUCUGUCCUGAAGGUAAUGCAGUCUACAGACCUGAAGACCCCCUGCCACGCCUUGUAUUCUGAAGAAGAAGAUGAAGAGGAAGAUUCGAACACAGAAUUCGCGAUGCCUAAGCUCCAGGGCCAGCCCAGUGAUGCUGUGCACAUCUUCUGUGGGCCAAAUAUAGGAUUGGUGUGGCCCUGGAAGUCUCACACGAUUACCGAAGCUCUAGAGGUCCGUGGGUACCGGCUGCGGGGCCAGUACCUGCCCCCCAGUUAUAAGCAGCUGCAAGAGGACCUGGACAACAAUCCUCGGAUCCAGCAGGCACUGACUAUGCAACAGGCCUUGCUGGAGGGCAUGCUGCAUGAGGUGAAGGAAUUCUGCAGGGAACAUCGUUGGAUGACAAGCAUUCACCAGUUCCUGCAGGCCUGGGGGCCCCAGAAGCUGGAGUCCAUGAGAGGUGGUCCUGUCAAGAACUAUGUGAUGCUGGUGAGCUGCCUGAAUCUUUGGCAGACCCGUGUCUCCAACAUCCCUAACAAGCUGGUUACAAAAGGCAGAUUGAUGCUGCUGGGCUGCCAUCACAUACAGUCAGAGAUGGAAUCCAAGUUGGAGAGCAUCAGGAAGGACGUUCUUACCCAUGUGCAGAAUGAGUGCUGGACCCGCAGUCAGCAACUCAUAACAGAGCUCAUGGAUUUCACGGAGGUCUUCCAAACCAUCAACUCAGACAUUCAUACCAUUGCACAAUGCUCCCAGAAGUUGAACGAGGCCAGUGAGCAGUACAACAUGCUGGAGGAGCGAGUGGAAUACAUCCGGUCACUCCAUGAACUCAUCCGGAACCACUUUAGCAUCUUUAGCGCUGAGAACGAGGCACUGGACAUCUCGCUCCUGGAUGUGUGGGAGGCAUUUCAAUUUGAGAAAAGCCAGGCCUCAGAGUUCUUGCUCAGCAAGCGACACGCCAUUGUGCCCAAGCUGAAGCAGCUGAUAGCCGCAGCCCUGGUGGAGCUGGAAGGCCUGAUUGACAAGGCCCUAUCUGGCCCCUUCAUGGACCCCACGCAAGAACAGAGGAGCACUGAGCGCCAGCUCAUCUCUCUGGAGCGUCAGUUCCAGAACACAGCCAGCCACCUCAGUGAGCUGCACCACGCCUAUGCCACCUUCACUGGAGACGAGAGUCCAGUGCCCUUGCCAGUCUGCGGUACCCGUCCGAUUGUGCAGCAGCAGCGCAUCUGGCACCUGUACCGAGUCAUCUCCGAGAACAUCAGCGAAUGGAAGUGCAUGGCUUUUGCCAAGUUCAGCAUGACUAUGGCCCAGGAGAAGACAGAAGGCUGGCUGAUGGAGGCAACCCACAUGAGUACAAGCCUGGAGCUGCACAGCCCAGUCCUGCAGUGUUGCAUACGCAUGGUAGAGGAGUUCCGUAGCUACCUGCCAUUACUGACCAAGCUGGGCAGCCUCCAGCUCCAGAACUUCCAAGCCCUUCUACGAGCCUUAGGGUUAGACAGUCUCUGCAACAUGGAACUCCUAACACUGGGUCAGCUGCUCACUUGUCCACUGCUGGAUUUUGCAGAUCGAAUCAAUCAGAUCUGGCAGUGUGAAAACGAACGAAUCCAUGCACAAGAUACCCUACGGCGGCUACAGCGGGUCUGGGAGGCACGCCAGCUGCGACUCAUCAACUUCAUCCUUCACGUGCCCUAUGAGCCCCCAGGCGGGGAGCGCCCCAAGAAGCAAAUGGUCCGCAGCCCCCAGUGGGAAGUGGUGGGCAAGGACAGUGGCACCUUCAUCCUUUCAGAUUAUGGCAGCCUGCAGGAUUCUAUCCAGGAAAGUCUUCAGGUAUUGUUCAAGAUCCUGGCCAUCCAAAAGUCGGGAGACUUAAACAAAGCAGCUUUGGAGUGGGUGACCAUCAUGCAUAGCCUGAGUGCCCUGCUGGAGGUGUGGGUGACUUUCCAGCAGCAGUGGAUUUUUCUGAAUAAAGUUCUGCAUGAGAUGAAGAUCGAGUUUCCUAGUCCUGACCUGAACUCCCGGUUCAAGGCCACAGACGAUCAGUAUCGGACCCUGAUGCAGAUCUCUGUAGAUGACCCCUGGGUUCUGUCACUUAUCGUGCCCAGUGUCAAGCGGAGCCCUCAUUUCCAAGGCCAGCAGCUGCAACAGCUGCUUCAGGCAGGCUCCGUGGAGCUGGAGGGCAUCAUUAUGGCCCUGAAGAGUGUGCUCUAUCGGGUGUGUGCUCAUUUCCCCCGCCUCUUCUUCCUCAGUGAUAGCGAGCUGGUGGCCCUGCUGGCUGCCCCCCUGGAGUCCUGCGAGGCCCAGCUAUGGGUACGGCGCUGCUUUCCUCAUGUGCACGCUGUGAGCUUCACGUCCAGCCCACUUGAUGAAAAGGUGGAUGACCGGGAGGCAAGCCCAAACGCAUUGACUUGGGUGGAGGCGCUGGCGGUGCUAGGGGCAGGCGGCGAGGAGGUGAAGCUGCCGAGGUCCAUUCCUCUGCAUUCAGAUCUCCCCAAGUGGCUGGCCUCUCUGGAGAAGUGCCUGCGUCUGGCCCUGGUGCACAAGUUGCAGGGUUGUGUGGCUUCCCGCCUCACUCUGGGCCCAUCGCUAGAUGAGGCCUCUAAGCAGCUGCCCCAGGAAAGCCAGCUGGCCCCACAACUGUUUGCGCACCACUGGCUGCACGUAGUCCAGGCCUUCCCGUGGCAGUGUGUGCUGGUGGCAGAGGAGGUGGUAUGGCGGGCAGAGAUGGAGGAGGCUCUGCUGGAGGGGAAGACCCCUGCCAUGGUCCGCGUGCAUGUGUGCAAGCUUGAGGCACUGGUGAAUUUUAUACGGGCCCAGAGGGCCUCCCAGGGUGAGCAGCCCCUGGGCUCUGUCCGCCAGGCCAGCCUGCUCAGUGCCCUGCUGGCCAUGGCAGUGACUCACCGGGAUAUAGCACAGCUGCUGCAGGAGCACCAGGUCAGUGAUCUGACAGAUUUCCACUGGGCUCGCCAACUCAAAUAUCACCUGGGCUCACCUCAUGUCAUCCCCCAGAGUCCCCUGCAGAGUCUCAAGACUAUCGCAUCUGCUGUGACUUCUCCGUCGCCAGCUGCAUGCUGGAUAGACGUUCUUGGCCGGUCCUUCCUGUACAAUUAUGAGUACCUAGGUCCCAGAUUGGGGUCUCUGCCCAGCCUGCUGCCUGAGCGUCCAGCCCUGGUACUGUUGCUGGCCUUGGAGGAGGUGGCCUGUGGGACUCUACUGGGCCCUGAUGGAGUAGGCAAGGCAACCACGGUGAAGAGCCUAGCACGGGCCCUGGGGCGCCAGCUGGUGACAAUGCCUUGCCUGCCUCAGAUAGAGGCCCAGAGCCUAAGCAACUACCUGAACGGUGCCUUGCAGGGUGGUGCCUGGCUGCUGUUGGAAGCAGCUCAGCGCCUGCCCCUUGGCUUGCUGUCUGCCCUGGGCCAGCGUCUGGCUGAACUGCACCACCUCUAUGCCCCACUGUACCAGGCGGCCUCCCGAAGCCCCAGCACUGUUGACCCCACACAACCCCAGCUCCUCGGCAGUGGCUUCUUUGAGAAACACCACGUAUACAUACGCCUUGGCUACGGCUCUCUCCUGACACUGCGUUCCCUGAGCCCUGCUGUGCCUGCCAACCUGCACUUGCUUCUGCGGCCUGUGGCCUUGACACUGCCUGACCUUCAGCGAGUGGCAGAGCUGACCCUGCUAGGUGCAGGGAUGCGGGAUGCCUCCCACAUGGCUUCCCGCUUAUCUAAAUUCUUCUCCCUAGAGCUUGAGCUGGCGUCAGCACCCCUGCCCUGCCGUUUGCCCCUGCUCCAGCAAAUACUGGAAGACAUGAUACAGAAUUUAAAUGUGACCAAGGAGGAGCCCAGGUCCCAGCAGCCCCACAGCCUGGCUGUGACCGAAGAGGCUGCCCUCCUGCGUGCUCUGCUACGCUCGCCACUGUUCAGCACCCUCAGUGGUCUCCACCUGCACAAUCUCCAAGAGCUGCUCUGUGGGCUUUUCCCUAAUGCCAGGCAGGUGCUGGCAGAGCCUGAGGCACACACGCCAAGGAAGCCGUUGCUGGUGGAGGAAUUGCUGCAGAUAGGCAUUCAUCCCAGCCCUGAUAUUUUGGGAUCCCUAGAGCAGCUGAGCCAGGCUUUGGGCCGGGCUUUGGGUAUUAUACUCCUGGGCCCCGCAGGCAGUGGCAAGACCACUUGCUGGCACAGCUUAUUUAAGAUCCAGAAUCAGCUGGCGGCCAGGGAGGAUGCCUCAACCCAGGGCUGCCAGCCGGUGGAAGUCACACACCUAUAUCCCAAUGUCCUCAGCCCCCAGGAGUUCCUGGGAUGGCUAGAGGGCCCCUGCUGGCACCACGGUGUCUUCCCUAGGCUGCUGCGUGCAGCCAGUAUGUGUAAGACUGUGAGCCUGAGGGGGCCACCACAGGAAUCAGUGGGGAUCCAGCACUGGAUAGUAUGUGAUGGGGUAGCCAAUGCCUCUUGGCUGGACCCCAUCACUUGCCUCCUGAAAGAUGCCCCCCAGCUCAGCCUCCCCAGUGGUCAGCAGAUAGCACGACCCCCAGGUACUUUUCUCCUGAUGGAGGUGGGAGAUGCAACAGGCAUGUCCCCCACAGUGGUGAGUCAAUGUGCCCUGGUCUGGUGUGGUGGGGAGCAGACAUGGCGGGGGAUGCUUAGCGUCCUGAUGGCAGCCCUGCCGCACGAGUACCACCUGCAUCUCCACACGGUCGCUGAGCUCAACCACCUGGCCGAAGUGCUGGUGCCAGCAACGUUCCAAUUCCUCACCUGCCAGGGCGCCAGCUCUCUGCUGCAUGUUCACGGGCAGCGGGCUCUUUGCCCAGGUGUGGCUGAAGUCACCAGUCUGGCCCGUAUCUUGCGUUGUCUGCUUGACCCCCACCUGAGGAUAGAUGAGGGGGAGAAGGCACACAUCUCAGAAGACCUCAGCUUUAGCGAUCCUGUGGCCCAAAGCUUCAAGUCCUCAAAAAGCAGCUCUCUGAACCCAUCCCAGGUUGACAAUGAUGAUGCACCUAAUCAGCGCAAGAAACAUUUGCUGGCUGUCAGCAGCUUUCUUUUUGCGUUGAUCUGGGGCUUUGGAGCCCACCUGCCCUCCAGGCUCUGGCCCCUCUUUGAUACCUUCUUGAGGGGUUCUCUUAGCUGCCUCUCCAACUAUCCUGAGCCACCGCCUUCAGCCUUGGUGUUUGAUCUACAUGUGUGUCCUGAUAAUGGGACAUUGGUCCCCUUCACUGGCCAUUACCUGGGUAGCCGCAUCAGGGGAACUCUGGGAGCCUUCAACCCUUCUCCACAGACUGAACGGCUCUUGUAUGUGGUGGACCUGCUUCUGUCAGAGGGACACCCAGUGCUGCUGGCUGGAGAGGCGGCGACCGGGAAGUCCACCUUUGUGGAGGUGCUCGUGGAGCCACAUCAUCCCUAUGUGUGCAGCCCCAUCCACCCUGCCUUCACUCCCAUCCACCUACGCCUGCUGCUGAGUCGAGGGGUCCAGGGCCAAGCACAGGCUGCCCCGUGGCCUGGGCACCACCUGGAUUCUAAAGGCUCCCUCCUCUUCCUGCUGGAGGAUCUGCACCUGGCCGCUUCUGACCCCGGGAAGAGCUGCCAGCCAGUGUUGGAGACUCUGCGCCAGGCCAUAGAUGGCACGGUGUAUGGCCACAGCACCUUGGAAUUGCAGACCCUGCAGCCUGUAGUCAACUUCCUUGCCACCGCCACAGUGCCAGGCUUCUGUGAGCGCCCACUGUGUCCACGCCUCUUUCGACUCUUCACGGUGCUGGCCCUGGGGAGUGUGACCCAGGCCAUGCUGCUGAGCAGGCACACACCAAGCGUCCAGGCCUGGCUUGAGCGCUUUCCCUCCGUGGAACGGGAGGUGGUUCUAGCAAAAGCCCUGGUCCAGGCCUCGCUGGAGGCCUGGGAGGCGGUGGGCAGCUGCUUUCUGCCCUCCCCCCUCCACCCACAUUACCGCUUCUCCCUGCACUCUGUGAGCCAACUCCUGGGUAGCUUGCAGCUGCUGCCCACCAGGAUGGGCUCCCGGGGCUUUCUGGACUGUCCCAGCCAUCAGGAGCACUUGCGCCGGGUGUCGGGCCUGCGUGGCACCCGCCUGAUGAUUAUGAUGGCCAUGCGCAACAUGGUGCGUCUCUGGUUGCACGAGGCCCAGAGAACCUUCUGUGACCGACUGGACAGCCCCAGGGAACGCUCCUACUGUGCCAAGCUGCUCCUAGGAGUAGCUCAGAGUGUCUUCUGCUGUGGACCAGCACCCCAGAACGGGGGCAAGGGCUCUGAGGAGGAGGAGGAGGAAGAGGAGGAAGAAAGAGUGCCUGAAGUGGAAUCCGAAGGAGAGCUGGCCCAGUGGGAGGACUUAAUAAGCAACAGCGGCAGUGAGACAGAGGAGGAGGAGGACCCUUACAGCCUGGAUGUCACCACCAGCUCACCCUCCAGUGAUUCAGGUCGAGCACCUUCCACAGUACCAGUAAAGAGGGAGACCAUAGAAACCCUAAGUCCAAAGAUGAGCCAGGAGGAGGGCACAAAGGUUUCUGGCUACAAACUCCAGUUAAACAGAAGCAAGAUUUGGUGGCAGAAAACAGCCCAGAUGGACCUGGCCUCACCCCUUCUGCUACCAGUGCUACUACUGCGCCCCCAGGAAAAGCCCUCAGACCUGGUCUUCAGUCAGGAGCUAACACUAGGGUCCAAUUCUGAGAGCCCCAACUUGUACCUGGAACGGCAAUGGGAGAGCCUGGAGGAGCAGUUGUCCACUUCAGCUGCUCAGCUGAAGCUGAGCGCCCACCUUGCCCGGUGCCACUCCAUGGCCAAGCACGUGGCCCGCCUGGUCCGGGUGCUGGCCAGGCCCCGGCAGCAUGGCCUAUUGCUCUCCAGGGCUCUGGGUACAGGGCGCCGUACGGCCAUCUCUCUGGCAGCUAGCAUUUACCAGGCCCGCCUCUUCCAUCUGCCAUCUGGCUCAGAGGAGGCCAUUCUCCAGUGCCUCCGGGAUGCCAGCUGGCAUGCUGGAAUGUUAGGCCAGCCAGUGGCCCUGCUGGUGCCCAAGGGUGUGGAUCUCACUACCCUUCAUCGUCUGCUAGCCCUGGCAACCUGGGGCAGUUUCCCUGACCAGUAUACAGAGGCAGAUCUGGACAGCAUUGAAGAACAUCUCCCCAGAGAAAACCUUAGUGUCAAGCAGAACAUCAAAAAAGAAAUGCUGUUGCAGAGGUUCUAUCAGCAAGUCUGCAACCACCUGCACAUGUUCAUCCUGAUUGGAGAUGACCAGAUCCACGGGGAGCUGCCCUCCACCCUUUUCCUGAGGCUUCUUCAACUGGCCAUUGCUAGCAUUGACCGCUAUGAACCGUGGGACCAAGAUUCCCUCAUCAGUGUGGUCCGGUACUACCUGGAAGGUGCUCAGAAUGUAUCCACUGAUGACUCUCUGAAGUGCCCAGACCUCCAGGCGUCAAUUCCCAGGGUGGCUAAAGCCAUGGCUCUCAUUCACCUUUCGGCUGUCAGCUAUUAUGGACACCUAUGCCCCGAGUUGCCACUCGUCACCCCCAAGACUUUCCUAGACUUUCUGGACACCUUCACACUGCUGCAGCAACAGAUGACUCUGCAGAUUAAGAACAAGUUCCAGCGGAUCCAGAAUGCCUUGGGUCAUCUGAGAAUGAUUAUCAAGAAGCACAAUACCUACACCAACUUUGUCUUCAACUUAGAACAGCUGCUGAAAACCUCCCACAAGAAUGUGACCACACUUCAGCAGCAGCUACAGAAAGGCCGGCUGCUCAUCAAGCAGCAGCUGGCAGAGUGUCAGCAGCAGGAGAACCUCAUUGAGACCCUGACCAAGCAGCGGGAUAACCUGCGGGCUCAGCACGAGGCUUUCCUGGAGCAGAUGGGUAAGGCCUUCCUGGGACCCCUGAGCCAGCUGCAGGUGGCUGACUUUGAGGAGAUACGGAGCUAUCGAGCACCACCAGAAUCAGUGGUCCAAGUGACCGAUGCACUGUGCGACCUGUUCCACUGUGAGACAGGCUGGGCCAGUGCCAAGCAACUCUUAUGCACCGAGGAUUUUUACCAGGAGCUGGUGUUCUUCCCUAAGGAGAAGAUGACAGACUCAGAGAUGAUAAAGCUAACCCAAGCUCUGAAUGCUCCAGGGAUGAGUGAUGCAGCUCUGCGGGCAGUAAGCAUACCCGCAGCAAACCUGGCCGCCUGGCUCUGGGCUGUUCUGCGCUACGGGCUGGCCCAGCGUCGAGGACUACCCACGGGCCUGCUUCUGCGGCAGAUAGAGGCCACACUGGCUCGGGAGCAGGCCCACCUGGGCCGCUGCCAGUUCCAGGCCCAGGAGACCCUAGAGCACAAUUUGGAUCUGGCCAAGACACUGGAAGAGGCCCGGGCUUCAAGCAACCAGAUGAUAGAGAACCUCAGUCAGGCUCAGUGUGGCCAGUACCACAAGUGGCCCAUCAAGGCUGCACUGCUCACACCCGUGCACUCCUGGACUACAGAGCUCCAGAAGUUGAAGGGGCACUGCCUGACUGUGUUCGGAGACGCCCUCGUGUGUUCAGCUGCUAUCAUCUACCUGGGUCCUUUCCCGCCGGUGCGGCGCCAGGAGCUACUAGACAAGUGGCUGGCUCUGUGUAGGGGCUUUCAGGAGACCCUGGGUCCAGAUGAUGUGGCACAGGCAUGGAAGCAGAUGCAGAAAUCUGUCGUCAUGCCACCAAAGAACCCCCUGCUCUCCAUACGCUCUCCCUUCAGCCUUCUGUCCUUGCUGAGCUCUGAAUCUGAACAGCUCCAGUGGGACCGAGACCUGAAGCCCCAGGCAAAGUCAGCCCGCCUGGCAGGCCUGCUUCUGAGAAGCAACACCCACUACUCCAGUUGCCGUUGGCCUCUAGUGCUUGACCCCGACAACCAGGCCCUCAUCUGGCUGAACCCGCUGCCUCAGCAAGAGACUAGAUCCUUGGUCCCAGACCCCACUGAGCACAGAGAGAAGGGCUUUGUGAGAAAUCAAGAAGAAGAAGAGGCCACGGAAGAGGAAGAUGACAGUGGUGAAGGGUGUGAUAAGGCUAAGAACAAGACAAAAGAGCAGAAGACACAGGACAGGGAAAAUGAGGAAGAGAGAGAAAAGGAAGAGGAGCAAGAGCAGGAGGAGGAUGAGACAGAGAGGCAGGAGUCAAGGCCAGCCUCUGAGACUGGCUCUCUGCCCCUUCCCAACCUUCAUGUGCUCUCAGGUGCUGACCCAGAGCUGGGUCCUCAGCUCCGGGAGGCAGCUGCCAAUGGCCUGCCCGUGCUACUGACCAAUAUGGAGCUGGGCCUAGGGUGCCAAGAACUGCAAUGGCUACUGCAGCGGGAGGAGCUGAGCCAUCCCCAGGUGCAGCCUGGUUUCUGUCUCUAUCUGAGCACUACUGUUCCCCUCAGUGCCUUGAAAAAAGUGCUAGGUUAUGAACUGCUGAAGAGGAUGAAUGUGCUGGAUCUGAGCCUCAACAUGGAUACCCUGGAAGAACAGAUGCUGCAUGAAAUCUUGUGUGCAGAGUGUCCCGAGCUCAAGAACCGCUGGGAGGACCUAAAGACCAGAGCCCUGGACAGCUGUGAAUCUGUGAAGGCUGCUGAGGAGCGGCUGCUGCGGAUGCUGCUUCUCCAGAAUCCAAAACAUCAGAAUCCAGCUAAAUUCCUGCGGGACAUGGUGAGGGCUCAGGCAGAGCUUUGUCAGCUGCGUGCCCGCUGCGAGGAUCUAGAAGACCUAAGACUGCAGGAGGUGGCCUUGUGGGCACCCUAUCGGCAUGUGGUCUGGCACGGAAUGGCCAUAAUAAAGGCCCUUAGCCCACUGCAGAACCUGCUGCCCCUUUUCCGCAUGAGCCCUGACAACUGGCUAGCAGCCACCAAGCGGGCUCUGAACAGCAUGAAGCAGUGUGAGACUCAUCAGGGGGAGGACCUGCCCAGCCAUCUGCUGCAUUUGAGAGCACAGCUGACCCGCCAGCUCCUGGGCAGCACUGUGGCUGCACUCAGCCUGACCCAAGUACCACUGGUGGGGGCCUUGGGUGCUCUGGCGCUGCUGCGAAUGGCAAGGAAAGCACCAGAGCUGGAGAGGCUGGCAUUCUGGCCUGGCCUGGCAGCCUCUCCUAGCACAAGCUACAGCAAUCCAGGUGUGGCUCGGCCAGCCUGGCUGGGGGUGAGAGCCUGGCGUGAAUGUAGCAUGUUGGAGCUGCUGCCCCCAUUUGCGGGGCUGUGUGCGUCCCUGGCAGGCCACUCCAGUGUUUGGCAGGCUUACCUGUCCCUGUCAUCCACGGUGCUGGGUCCAGCACCUGGGCCUGGGCCUGACCCACUCAGUCUCCUCCAGAAGCUGAUUCUGUGGCGUGUGCUGCGACCUGAGUGCCUGGCAGGGGCCCUGGCAGACUUUACCACUUGCCUUCUGGGCCGGCCCCUGGAUGAAAACCUGGGUGCCUCCACCAUACCCUUCGAACACAGUCAGGCUACUCGGCCCAUGCUGAUCUUGUUGCCACCACCUGGUCACCCCACAGCCACCAAGCAUCCCCUGACCAUCAUCCAGAAACUGGCUGCCGGACAUGAGCAGGGGCAGAAGCAUCUGGAGGUGAUCGCUGUAGGCUCUGAAGCCUGGGACCCAGUCUCGGUAGUGGUCAGCACGCUAUGCCAGGCUAUGCAUAGAGGGCACUGGCUGGUGUUGGAGAACUGUCAUCUGAUGCCCCACUGGCCAAAGGAGCUGCUGCAGCCCUUGCUGGGGCUGUUGGAUGGAGCCAGGGUGGUCUCGGACCUGGAGUUAGAACUGCCUCUAGUCCAACCCACAAGCAAGAGUGUGACGACUGUCCACAGAGAUUUCCGUCUUUGGCUUAUUUUGUCUGCAGAAGCUGUUGCUUCCUUACCAGCGGUGCUGGCUCAGCACUCCAUGCCUGUUUUCUGGGACCAGUCUCUGGAGCUGGGCCACAUCUUGACUGACAGCUUGGAGCUAGCCCAGCAAGGACUCUCUGCACAACCCCCAGCAAGGAUGCUACCUCUCCUCCUCUUACAUGGCCUCCUGCUACACCGGCAGCUCUAUGGAAUGAAGCUGCAGGCACACAGGGGGUGCUGGAGUCAAGUGACCCUGACACAGGUCCUUCAGAUCCAAGACCAGCUGUGGACUAGCCUUAGCAAUCCCAGUGCUGCCAUGCAGGAGCUGGCAGCUUCGGUUUUCUAUGGGGGUCCUUUGGGAGACAAGAAGGACAGGGAGGCCCUGAUUAGCCUAACACAAGCCUGCCUGAACCCCAGCAACGGGAGCUGGGCUCAACCACACACACCCCAGUAUCUGCUGUCUACUCUGCUGCCCAGCCCAGAGCUAGGGGAGCCGGAUGCUUUGGCAGAGUGCAGGGCCCAGAUGCACCUCUUGCCCACACCGCCGGAACCCCAGAGCUGCGGACUGAGUGUUGGCUCCCAGGCCUGGCUGUUACGACGCCAGAGUCGCACACUCUUAAGCGCGCUGCAGCGAACUUUACCCACUUGGGUUCCUGCGUCUCGUGGGAGCUCCCGACGCGCUGAAAAGCGGCUGCGGCAGCGCCUAGUGCAGGCCAAGCGGAGGCUGGAGUCGCUGCAGGCUCUGCUGAGGGAGACCGCAGGCCAGGAAGAGUCUGACGCCCAGUGGGUGGUGCUCAGACUGAGCUCGCAGCGGCCUCUGCAGGCCUUCCUCCAGACAGAGGUGCUGGAGCUGAGCCAGCUGGUGGGAGCAGUGCUCAGGGACCUGGAUUGCCUGUUGCAGCAGCUGCAGGGUGCGCCCCCGUGUGCUUCCCCGCGCUGUGUCGCGGUGGCUCAAGCUCUCUGGACUGGCCGCCUACCUCCGCCUUGGCGUCCCCAUGCGCCUGCCGGCCCACAGCCACCCUGGCACUGGCUGCGACAGCUGUCACGCCGUGGGCAGCUGCUGGUUCGCUACCUAGGCGUGAACACCAACGUACCAGAGCGCAUCUUUCACCUAUCAGCCUUUUGCCACCCACGCCGCCUGCUGCUGUCACUGCGUUGGGAGGCUACCUUUGCUACCACCGCCCUGAACCAGUCUGUGCCUAGCUCGAAUUUACCUGCCUUCCAAGGCUCCGGCUCCAGUGGGCUCCCCCAUAAAUAUCAGGAGCUGAACAGCAACCCUUUGAACCUCCAGGUGGUGAAUGAUCCAAAUCCUACUGUUCCAGAGAUGGGGCUGCUGCUGAUUGGGCUCCAGCUCCGGAAUGCUGAGUGGGACCCACUAGCAGGGGCCCUGCAGGACAGCACCUGCAGCCAGCCCAGCCUUCUGCCUCCAGUCAGCGUCAGUGCCCAGGCCCGGCGCCCCAGUGACUUGCCACCCCCAGGCAGCCUGGCUGUGUAUUCCUGUCCUGUGUACAUGGAAGGGCCCCUAGGCAUCACUAGGCUACACAGCAGGCACACACUGAUGCACCUGCCCCUGCCCACUAAGCUCAGCCCUGCCACCUGUGACCAACGGAGGGUGUACGUGUGCAGCCCACCCUUGCUGUGAGCCCUGAAACAAAAUAAAGUUGGGGUGAUUCAAUGAAGGAUUUCUGAGAUUUAGCAGUGCAGGUUGUCUGCACAUGGAGAAAUGACCUGCUGAGGGGAAGACCCAGUGUGUACAACUGAGAGGGGAAUGUUGGUAUCCUGUUGGGAGAUGGGCCUGUUGGUCACACAUCCCAGGCGUUUGGCAGAUGGGGGUGGUUAAUCCACAGGAUCCUGCAGCUUUGCCCGG